GUGUUAGCCGGGACCCGAUUCAGAUCGCUGCUAUAGAAGACAAACAAGCGAAGGCUUUUUCCUCCUUUCAUCAUGGCUCAGUUUGGAGGACAGAAGAAUCCGCCAUGGGCUACUCAGUUUACAGCCACUGCGGUAUCUCAGCCAGCCGCGUUGGGUGUUCAACAGCCAUCACUCCUUGGAGCAUCUCCUACCAUUUACACACAGCAAACUGCAUUAGCAGCAGCGGGCCUUACGACACAAACCCCAGCAAACUAUCAGUUAACUCAGACUGCGGCGCUGCAGCAACAAGCUGCAGCUGCAGCAGCUGCAUUGCAACAGCAAUAUUCACAACCUCAGCAGGCCUUGUAUAGUGUGCAACAGCAGUUACAGCAACCUCAACAGACCCUUUUAACACAGCCAGCUGUUGCACUGCCUACAAGCCUUAGCCUGUCUACUCCUCAGCCUGCAGCACAGAUAACUGUAUCAUAUCCAACACCUAGGUCCAGUCAGCAACAAACCCAACCUCAAAAACAGCGUGUUUUUACAGGUGUAGUUACAAAACUACAUGAUACGUUCGGAUUUGUGGAUGAAGAUGUAUUCUUUCAGCUUAGUGCUGUCAAAGGGAAAACCCCCCAAGUGGGUGACAGAGUAUUGGUUGAAGCUACAUAUAAUCCCAAUAUGCCUUUUAAAUGGAAUGCACAAAGAAUUCAGACGCUACCAAACCAGAAUCAAUCCCAAACUCAACCUUUACUCAAGACUCCUCCUGCUGUACUUCAGCCAAUUGCACCACAGACGACAUUUGGUGUUCAGGCUCAGCCUCAGCCCCAGUCACUGCUGCAGGCACAGAUUUCAGCAGCUUCUAUUACACCAUUAUUGCAGACUCAGCCACAGCCUUUAUUACAGCAGCCACAGCAGAAAGCUGGUUUAUUGCAGCCUCCCGUCCGUAUAGUUUCACAGCCACAACCAGCACGGAGAUUAGAUCCACCAUCCAGAUUUUCAGGAAGGAAUGACAGAGGCGAUCAAGUGCCUAACAGAAAAGAUGAUAGAAGUCGUGAAAGGGAGAGAGAAAGACGUAGAUCCAGAGAAAGAUCUCCUCAGAGAAAACGUUCCCGGGAGAGAUCUCCUCGAAGAGAGAGAGAACGAUCACCUCGAAGAGUUCGACGUGUUGUUCCACGUUACACAGUUCAGUUUUCAAAAUUUUCUUUAGAUUGUCCUAGUUGUGACAUGAUGGAACUAAGGCGCCGUUAUCAGAAUUUAUAUAUACCUAGUGACUUUUUUGAUGCUCAGUUUACAUGGGUGGAUGCUUUCCCUUUGUCAAGACCAUUUCAGCUGGGAAAUUACUGCAAUUUCUAUGUAAUGCACAGAGAAGUAGAGUCCUUAGAAAAAAAUAUGGCCGUUCUUGAUCCGCCAGAUGCUGACCAUUUAUACAGUGCAAAGGUAAUGCUGAUGGCUAGUCCUAGUAUGGAAGAUUUGUAUCAUAAGUCAUGUGCUCUUGCCGAAGACCCACAAGAACUUCGAGAUGGAUUUCAACAUCCUGCUAGACUUGUUAAGUUUUUAGUGGGCAUGAAAGGCAAGGAUGAAGCCAUGGCCAUUGGAGGCCACUGGUCUCCUUCGCUGGAUGGACCAGACCCAGAAAAAGACCCGUCUGUGUUGAUUAAGACUGCUAUUCGUUGUUGUAAGGCUCUGACAGGCAUUGAUCUAAGUGUAUGCACACAAUGGUACCGUUUUGCAGAGAUUCGCUACCAUCGCCCUGAGGAGACCCACAAGGGGCGUACAGUUCCAGCUCAUGUGGAGACAGUGGUUUUAUUUUUCCCGGAUGUUUGGCAUUGCCUUCCCACCCGCUCAGAGUGGGAAACCCUCUCCCGAGGAUACAAGCAGCAGCUGGUCGAGAAGCUUCAGGGUGAACGCAAGGAGGCUGAUGGAGAACAGGAUGAAGAAGAGAAGGAUGAUGGUGAAGCUAAAGAAAUUUCCACUCCUACCCAUUGGUCUAAACUUGAUCCAAAGACAAUGAAGGUAAAUGACCUUCGAAAAGAAUUAGAAAGUCGAGCCCUUAGUUCCAAAGGAUUAAAAUCUCAGUUAAUAGCCCGAUUGACAAAACAGCUUAAAGUAGAAGAGCAAAAAGAAGAACAAAAGGAAUUAGAGAAAUCAGAAAAAGAAGAGGAAGAGGAGGAUGAUAGGAAAUCUGAAGAUGAUAAAGAGGUUUCAUUGUUUGCAGAACUUUUCAAUGAAAUGCUUCAAAGAGAUUUUGGUGUCAGAAUAUACAAAUCAUUAUUAUCUCUUCCUGAGAAAGAGGACAAAAAAGAAAAGGAGAAGAAAAGCAAAAAAGAUGAGAGAAAAGAUAAAAAAGAAGAUAGAGAUGAUGAAACUGAUGAACCAAAACCCAAGCGGAGAAAAUCAGGCGAUGAUAAGGAUAAAAAAGAAGAUAGAGAUGAAAGGAAGAAAGAAGAUAAAAGAAAAGAUGAUUCUAAAGAUGAUGAUGAAACUGAAGAAGAUAAUAAUCAGGAUGAGUAUGAUCCAAUGGAAGCAGAAGAAGCUGAGGAUGAAGAAGAUGAUAGGGAUGAGGAAGAAAUAAACAAACGAGAUGACAAAAGAGAUGUCAACAGGUACUGCAAGGAGAGACCCUCUAAAGAUAAGGAAAAAGAAAAGACUCAGAUGAUCACAAUUAACAGGGAUUUGUUAAUGGCAUUUGUUUAUUUUGAUCAAAGCCAUUGUGGUUACCUUCUUGAAAAGGAUUUGGAAGAAAUACUUUAUACUCUUGGACUACAUCUUUCUCGGGCUCAGGUAAAGAAACUUCUGAAUAAAGUAGUACUCCGUGAAUCUUGCUUUUACCGGAAAUUAACAGACACUUCAAAAGAUGAAGAAAACCAUGAAGAGUCUGAAGCAUUGCAGGAAGAUAUGCUAGGAAACAGGUUGUUACUUCCAACACCAACAGUAAAACAGGAACCAAAGGAUGUGGAAGAAAAUGUUGGUCUUAUCGUGUACAAUGGUGCAAUGGUAGAUGUAGGAAGCCUCUUGCAAAAAUUGGAAAAAAGUGAAAAAGUAAGAGCUGAAGUAGAACAGAAGCUGCAAUUGCUAGAAGAAAAAACGGAUGAGGAUGAAAAAACCAUAUUAAAUUUGGAGAAUUCCAACAAAAGCCUCUCUGGUGAACUCAGAGAAGUUAAAAAGGACUUUAGUCAGUUACAAGAAAACUUAAAGAUUACAGAAAACAUGAAUUUGCAAUUUGAAAACCAACUCAGUAAGACAAUCAGAAACUUAUCUACAGUAAUGGAUGAAAUCCACACUGUUUUGAAGAAGGAUAACGUGAAGAAUGAAGAUAAAGAUCAGAAAUCCAAGGAGAAUGGUGCAAGCGUAUGA